AUCAUUGGGUGUCGGCGGAUAGUCGCGGAGGCCGGGUCAGUGGAGCGGCACGCACGCUUGGUGCCAGUGAGAGCCGCGCGCACUGCGAGUGAUGGCGCGCCCCCGACACGUCGUGCUGCUGCUGGCGGCAGUCGCGCUCGCGGCGCCCGCGCGCGGGCGAGACGCGUACCACAAGCUGCUGCGCGGGUCCCCGGCGCCGAAUUCCAGCGUCCCGGAGAGCGAGCUGAGCCAGCGCUACUGGGCGGCGCAGGCGCAGGCGAGCCUCGCGGCGCGCCUGGCGCGGCCCGCCGUCACGGGCACCGCGCGCAACGUGGUCAUGUUCCUGGGGGACGGCAUGUCCGUGCCCACGCUGGCGGCCGCGCGCACGCUGCUUGGACAGCGCCGCAACGCCACCGGCGAGGAGACAUACCUCGCCUUUGAGACGUUUCCAACUGUAGGACUUGUCAAGACGUAUUGCGUGGACGCGCAGAUCGCAGACUCGGCGUGCUCGGCGACGGCGUACCUGGGCGGGGCCAAGGCCAACAUCGGCACUAUCGGCGUGAGCGCGAACGUGCCUCGCGAACACUGCACGGCCGCGCAACUGCCGCACAACCACGUGCAUUCUAUCGCCGAGUGGGCCCUCUCUGACGGCAGGGACGCUGGUAUAGUGACGACGACGCGCGUGACGCACGCGUCCCCGGCUGGCGCGUACGCGCACACCUCCUCCCGCGACUGGGAGAGCGACGCCGACAUCGGCGAUGCGUGCGCCGGCGCGCGCCAGCAGGACAUCGCGCUGCAGCUGGUGCACUCACAUCCUGGAAACAAGUUUAAGGUCAUUUUAGGUGGUGGACGUCGAGAAUUUUUGCCCAAUACCACUGUUGACGAAGAGGGUACAAAUGGUAGAAGACUAGAUGGGAGGCACUUGAUCAAUGAAUGGCAGGCAGACAAGAAAGCACGUAACGUUAGUUACCAGUACGUGUGGAACAGAGACCAGUUGAUAGCAGCUUCUGCAGACCUUCCCGAAUACCUCCUGGGAUUAUUUGAAGGCAGUCAUAUGCAAUAUCACUUGGAAGCGGAUUCAAAAACGGAACCAACUCUUGCUGAACUUACUGAAGUGGCUAUCCGCUCACUGAGUAGAAACAAGAAGGGUUUCUUCCUUUUUGUGGAGGGGGGCCGUAUCGAUCACGCACAUCACGACAACUUAGUUCAUAAGUCUCUGGACGAAGCUAUCGAGCUGAGCGCGGCCGUGGAGCGCGCUGCCUCGCUUCUGGCUGAGCAGGACUCGUUGCUGGUGGUGACGUCAGACCACGCCCACGUCAUGAGCCUCAGCGGCUAUACGCGGCGCGGCGGCGACAUCCUCGGGCCCUCCGACGACAAGGGUGACGAUGGCGUGCCCUACAUGACGCUCUCGUAUGCCAAUGGUCCAGGCUACCGGCCGCACACCGACGCCGGACUGCGACAAGACAUUUCCAAGCUUGAAUACCGCGAUAUCAAUUUUGCGUUCCCGGCAAGCGUGCCCCUAGAAUCAGAGACCCACGGCGGAGACGACGUGGCUGUGUUCGCGCGCGGGCCCCACCACUCGAUGUUCACGGGGCUGUACGAGCAGAACCAGCUGCCGCACCUCAUGGGCUAUGCCGCCUGUAUCGGCCCCGGUCUGCAUGCCUGCCACAAGUGAUCCCACAAUACACGGAUUGAGACUAUAACAACAACAAUGUUAAUCAUAGUCAAGCGUAAAAUAGUGUGUGUUAUUACAUUGUAAUACUGUAAAAUAGCUUCCUAAGUGUACUUACCUUACAUAAUAAUAAAACGCAAUUGCCAUUUUAACUUUA